AUGAGCUCGAUGGCUGAGGGCAGUGAGGGUUGGUCGCGCGAAGAUGAGCUUGACCUAGGCCAGGAAGAUGAUCCCCGACAACCCGACCAUGGCGCCCUCGAUCAAACCUUACCUUCCCCGCAGGAGCCAGCGGAAGAGGAAUUGGACACAAUAGACGAUGCGGAGGACCACGAUUCCGAGAAGACAGCGCGACGAAAUGAUCUCAAUUACCCAGAAACCCCUCCGCCGCGACAUGCGGACUGGACCGCGACAGGGAGCGUGGAUGGAACAGGGUCAAACCCCGACGAUUCUCCAUCGCUACAUGGCUCGAUUCCGUCCUCCCUAAGUAGCAGCCCUCUCGCGCUCCGCGGAUCUCCGCGAGUCAGUCCAAGCCCGGCCCGUCGCCCCUUUGAUCUUCGCUUCCAGUCCCGGUUAUCUUCAUCGCCGCAAAGUGUGUCCAGGGCCGGCUCGCCAUUCCUAGCUCAUCUUCACUCCCGUCAGUCUUCAAUUACCAGCCAGCUUUCCCCGACCCCGGAAACCGAAGCCGAACCGCUCCAGGGGCCCUGGGAAGUUGUGCGAUGGACGAAGCUGCGGAAAAUUACCGGGCAGGCGUUCUCGGAAAUUGGGAAGCGCAAUUUCGGACGGCCAACUUGCCUUGCAGUAUCCACGUCUAUUGUAAUAGGUACAUCCAAGGGUAUUAUUCUCGUGUUCGACUAUCAGCAAAGCCUGAAGACUAUUAUUGGAACGGGUACACCAGCCGUUGAGUGUGGUGCUGUUACAUCUCUAGCACUUUCCGCAGACCAUUCUACCGUUGCUGGGGGUCAUGACUCGGGCGAUAUCUUUACCUGGGAAAUUUCGCGCUCAGCGAAGCCUUUCCUUCAUAUCCCGCCAAUCCCGGCCAAUCAAGCCGAGACUAGAAUAUCUGAUGGUCAUCUUUCAGGAUCCGCGGUCAUUCAUAUCGGGUUUCUUGGCACCAGACGAACCGCGCUGGUCUCGGCUGACACACGGGGCAUGUCGUUCUCACACCUGGCAACAAGAGGAAUGGGUGCAGUAGGGCGAACAGUCAAGACGACUCGAAUUCUAGGUCGAUAUCCCCAGGCAGCGGCAGAGGUCAAGCGGCGGAAACCUAGCUCUGUUCUUGCUUUCUCUCCUCUGCCACUCGGCAACGUAGAGCAAUCCACCGAUUCUCUGGGCCUCGUUGCUAUGCUGACACCCUAUCUUCUUGUUAUUGUGUCCACCACGCCAGUGGCACGAACCCAGCACAAAGCACCGAGACCCAAAGAAGUUCCCGCUCACAGUGCCUUGACCGGCGCCUUGGCAUGGUUCCCAGCUAUUCGACUGAAGGGAAAAGACACCCAAACUUCAAACACGAAGCUUGUCUACUGCUGGUCAAAUGUUUUGACUGUUCUCGACGUCUCAGAGGCCGAGUCGGACGAACCUGCAGACAAAGACAAGCCCCCCAGUCUUGUCUUCAGAGCGCGCAGCAGAUGGAGAGCAGAUGAAGCCAUAGUGGCUGUUCAGUGGCUCAGUCGUUCAGUACUCGCGGUGUUCACAAUAACCCAGCGGCUACUCAUAAUCGAGGAUUAUUCCAUGCAUGUUACAGACUCGGUCGAUCUCGCCAACAGACACAUAUAUCACACUGAUCUCUUCUCGUCACAGCUUCAUUCGCUAGUUGAACAGCUUGACGAGGAGGAUGAGUCGAUGCAUGGAGUAGUAGCAGAUGCAUUCCAUAUGAGUUUCCGUUCUUAUAAAGGGCGCUUGUUCUUGCUUGGUUAUAACGAAGCCUUGGUAGGCAAUCUCUCAAAUUGGGCCGAUCGCUUGCUGGCGCUUAUGGAGGCCGGUGACUUCAUUGGGGCCAUUCGACUAGCAACUUCUUACUAUACGGGCGAAUCGGAGAAGCUGACGGUUGGGCUUCCGGAAGAGGAUGUUUUAAGACAGCCCAUUGUGCAAGAAAGGCUUUUGGAAAUGAUCUCCGCAUCCCUCAAGUAUGCUUUUGGUCGAAAUUCCGAAGCAAACAAUGGCCGACUAGAGAACCAGCAGCUGGAGGAGCUUGCAGAAGUUUCUAUCGCGGCCUGUGUCUACAUGGGCGACGAAGAGUUCCUAUGGGAGGAAGUCUUCAACUGGUAUGAGGAGCAAGAUUCGGCGGGCAUUUUCCUGGACGCCCUCGAACCACGCAUCGUCGAUGGAACUUUGCGAUCACUACCUCCGAUUGCGGUCAAGGCGUUGAUUAACCAUUUCAUUGGAACUCACUCGGCCGGUCGUUUGGAGGAGAUCAUCUGUCUUCUUGAUACUACCACAAUGGACAUCGAUCAAGUCACAACGCUGUGUAAGCAGCACAAUCUUUACGACGCCUUUAUAUAUGUAUGGAACCGCUGUUUGAUGGAUUAUGUUGGACCACUGGAAGAGCUACUACAUAUGAUUCCCUCCCAGCCUCAGGCCUUGGUCAACGGUGACUAUGUGGUUGAAAUGAGACGGCAGAACAAUGCGAUGAAGAUGUUCCCCUAUUUGUCAUUUAUCUUGACUGGUCGCAUCUAUCCCACUGGAGACGACAUGGAUGAGGUUGAAGCUACACGAGCCAAAACAGACUUGUACCAAUUCCUCUUCUCUGGCCGUGGGUCCGGGACGGCACCUGGAGAUACCGACGAGGCAGACUCCUUCUCUCAGCUUCGAGCCAUGCUCAAGUUUGAUGCUUCCAGCUUCAUGAGCAUGCUCAACGAGGCAUUUGAGGACAGCUUCCUAAAUGAUCCUGAGAGCGAGGAUAUCUCGACUUCGGGCAUGUUGAUCAAUCGGCAGUACCUCGUCAGCAUUUUGCUGCAAGUCAUGACCGGCGAUCUUUUCACGCCUUUUGAUACCAUCUACCUGGAUAUGUUUGUUGCGCGCAAUCUUCCCAAAUAUCCUCAGUAUAUUCUCCUUUCUGGCACAACUCUCCAUCAGGUUUUGGUGCGUGUAUGCCGAUAUCCCGAGCAGGAAAUGGCAGAGGAUUGCGAAUUGAACAUCCAGAGCAUGAUCCCUCUAUUUAAAGAGGCACGCUUUUUCCGGAUUCUCAAGUCGACCUACCGCUCGGAGAAGCAAUAUCCCCUGUUGGUUAUGACUUACCUGGAGGAUCCGAGCGACCGCGACGCUAUCUUCACCUGCCUACAUGACUGCCUCCGUCCAAGCUCCGGGCUUGGCAAGAAACAGAGACGCGAUAUAGUGGAUGUAGUCAAGGAGCAUGCCCGGGAGAUAGCUGCAAUUGAUGUGACGCACGCUGCACGGACGAUGCAAGAUCUGGCCCCUGACACACACUCUACAUUUUUGCGGGUUCUAGAAGACGAUCCCCAGGAACAGUAUCAGUAUUUGCUGGUCCUGGUCGAGCCGCAGGCUCAAACUGCAGACACCAAAUAUUCGCCCGGUGUUGAAAACUGGAUGAUCGAGCGCUACGUGCAGCUCUUGUGCAAAUACAACCCGUCUCAUGUCGCGGACUUCGUUGACGGAUUGCGAGUCGGUGACAUCCACCUGGAGGAACUUCUGCCAUCCAUCGAGGAAAGCGGAGCCAUCGAUGCUGCCGUUAUCCUCCUCGCCCGACAGGGCCAAGUCCGCGAGGCCCUUGACCGUCUUGUGGCACACUUGAGCACCCUCGAAUCCGGUCUGGUAGGCAUCCUCCAGAGCGUGCGCGAUAGCCCCGACUCAGCGACUACUGCCGAAGCAAUCGACGACCUGAUCGAGUCCCUGAACAAGUAUGCUGGCGUCGGAACGUGGCUCUGCCAGGGCCAAACUAAGACAGCCAAACAGUCGGGCACAGGAAGCGUCAACGGCAAACGCAAUGCGCCAACCCUUGACCAGCCUCUAGCCUUCGACGAACUCCUUUGGCUCGACCACAUCGAAGCCGUGGUCCGCAUCGCAAGCAAUGUCUUCGCCUUCAUACAAGGGAACAACGCCCAAAUAAGCCUCCCCGCCCAACCAACAGCUUCCCUCGCCGGCGAAAGCGGCCGCCUAACAACAGCGUUCCGCGCCCUCGUCCAGCAAGUCUUCACAGCCCUCCUAGCAAGCACAGUAAAAAGCAGCCCAACCACAACCGAACGAACAGACAUAUCUUUCCUCCGCAUUCUACGCGCAUUCCUCACCCGCGCGGCAACCUGGUCCCCCUCCCUCCUUGAGCUGCGCGCCGUGCUAGCCUCCAUAUUCUCCGCCUACUCCUACGAAAAGUCUCUCCUAACCCUCGCAAACGGCAUGCUUGACCGCGACCUCUUCGUCCACUCUCCCGUGCUACGCCAGCAAGGCUGGCGGCCCCGCGGCCACGUCUGCGAGAUCUGCCGCAGCCGCAUAUGGGGCCCCAGCGUUGGCGAAGCGCAUUGGUCCGCAUGGGAAGCGCGACGCGCCGAGGUCUACGCCCGUCGCAUCGCGAGGCGCAAUGAGGAUGGCUAUAACCCGUCCGACCGCGGGAAGGGCAAGGCUGCUGAUCUCGGAGUCGGUCAUAUGUCCCAUCUAGAUGCGGGCGGUGCGCAUGGACACGCACAUGUCCUCGCUCAUCGCGAGCAUGGCGCUCGUGGUGGUAUGUCCGAUGCGAACGCUGACCAUGAUCACGAGCAUGGCCACGCUGAGGCUGGGGCAGGAUCUAGCACUGCGGCUACAGUCGCAGACAGCCCCCCAGAACCUGUUGUCGUUUUCGCCUGUCGACACCUCUACCACCGACGCUGCGUGCUGGACGCUAUCAACGCCGGGGCCCGACCCGCUGAAACCGCGUUUCGGCGCGACCAUUUGCGCGACUGGGCAGGGGCCGAGCUGUUCUGCCCGACCUGUACAUAG